AUGUCGACCGCCCAGGCCGACGUCCAGCUGACCGACUUCUCCAGCAUCUUCCGCCUGGACGGCAAAGUCGCCGUCGUAUCCGGCGGUUCGCGCGGGCUGGGGCUGCACGCCGCAUCCGGGCUCCUCCAAGCCGGAUGUUCAAAGGUGUUCAUCACGAGCCGCAAAGCAUCCGCGUGCGAGGAAGCGGCUGCAGCGCUCAACGCCCUCCCCAACAAGGCCGCCGGCGCUCAGGCCAUCAGCAUCCCCGCCGACAGCUCCAGGGUCGCCGAGAUCGAGCGCCUGGUGGCUGAGGUGCGCAAGCACACCGACCACGUGGAUGUGCUGUUUGCGAACGCGGGGGCGACGUGGGGGAGCGAGUUUGAGAAGGUCGACGAGCGGAACGGGUGGGAUAAGGUGAUGGACUUGAAUGUCAAGGGCGUGUUUUUCACCAUCCAGAAAUUCACUCCCCUCCUCACCGCCCGCUCGACCACCGACGCUCCCUCCCGCGUCAUCGUCACCGGCUCCGUGGCAGGCAUCGGCGUCGGCAGCAUCGGCUCCGUGGGCGCGUACUCGUACGCCGCCUCCAAAGCCGCGGUGCUGCAUCUCGCGCGCAACCUCGCCAUCGAGCUAGGCCCGCGACACAUUCUCGUCAACGGCAUCGCGCCGGGCUUCUUCAUGAGCAAAAUGGCCGCGGGGCUCAUCGAUGCCCAGGGCGGGGCGGAGGCGCUGGGGAAACAGAGCCCGAAUGGGAGGGUCGGGAGACCGGAGGAUGUCGCUGCUGCCGUGGUGUAUCUGAGCUCGCGGGCAGGUGGGCACGUCAACGGCGAUACGAUUGUGCUGGACGGGGGGAAGGUGUUGGGGAGCAAUCGGUUGGAGAAGCUGUAG